AAAAGCUGCUAGACGCUUUCGAAUCCCGAAUCCUUGCGACCCAGCAACCCGACCCAGCCCUCUGCGCCGCCGAGAAUGGAUCUGAUCUGUCGACACGACCCCAGAUGGUGCCCUGAAAGCCCGCAUUUGAGGGAUUGUUGAGAGACUUUCUGGCGGGUCUGGGUGUUAUCUUACAGGGAAUGCCUUUGUAUGACUGGCGCCAGUCGCAAGCAGUCAGGCCCAACUGUGGAUCUUGUUCAGAGCCUUUGAUCCAACGAUUCUUUUCGAAUCUUCCUCGCCUUCUCUGUCUGCCAGUCACGAACGAUAUCCGGUGCCAAAACCCGCAUUGCACACCUGAACGAGGCUGAUGGCACACCCCUCCCAGAUGAAGAAGAGAAAGAUUGUGGCUCACUCUUGAGGAAUUGUGGUUUCUUACCAGUGAACAGAACUGCUUCGAAUACUGCACUCAGCACUGCAACGGCUAUGUUGAGAUAAACCGCGGCUGACUACAGAAUUUGCUCCGUCCAAACCUCGAGGAAACAAGAAGAAGCGUAACAGGUUUGUUCGCCGUUAGAUGGACCGUUCCCGAUAAGUGACAAGUAAAUGACAGGCCCGAAUCUCAACCGCUCUUCUAGGCAGAUCGGGGCUUGUGCACCCAUGCCACAAGGGCUUGACGAGGUAGGACAAGAUACACAGAGUAGGAUAGCCAUGCGGAACUCGCCAAACGGCUGUGCCUCUGAGAAAUCAAUCAUGAUUAUUGAACCUCGUACAGAGCUUAGAGAUGCCCGAUUACCCUCAAGAGGGGCGUAAAACGCCAUCACGAUUCUCCGUUGAUGUGCCUCAAGCCGCCUCCGUCGAUCUACGCCUCCACCAAAGUGCCGUGUUUAGCCCGCCCCCGAGGCCUUCUUCACCUUCGUGCCUAACUGGGCGUAGACCUUUGCCCAAGCUGGCUCAAUUCCCUUGCUCGGGUACCAACAAUGAACCCGAUCUACACCAAGUUAAUGCCAGACGUGAGUGCAGCGCGGGGUACACGUGGGAUAUCGAAGCACCGCUGUUAAACCUGGUCGUGACAAGCUGUCUGCCAUCCAUGUCUGGGACUUGUGACUGGUUGUCGCGAUUGAGUUGAGGCUCCGGGCUUGGCCGUCUAAGUUUUGAGGUUAUUGUAAAGUUGACUCAUAGCAGGAGCAAGAAUGUGUUUCGUUUACUUGCGACAGUGCCUC